CUCCCCGGUUCCGCGAAUGCGUCUCCUCCCCCGGCCGGCCGCCCGUUCGCUCUCCCCCGCACGAAUCUCCAGGUGAUGUCGAUGCGCCGCGGUCUCUGACUGCGGCGGCGGCGGCGGUCGGGGUCGGGGACGAUGGGCGAGGCCUGCGGGGAGCACGCGCGCGACGGCCGGCGCCACGAGCACCACAACCACCAGAAGCAGCGGCGCGGCCACCGGCGGUCGGCAUCCGCGUCCGCGCCCGCGUCCACGGGGCGAGGGCUAGGGUCGGCGUCGCCGUCCCCCGCCACGGCUGCGGCGGCGAUGGAGGAGGAGCGGCGGCUGCGUCGGUCCCCGCCCGUGGAGGCGCGGCGGGAGCGGGAGCGGCGGCGGGCGCGGGAGCAGCCGCGGUGCGGGGAGGUGGCGGGCGGGACGGCGGCGGAGUGCGCCGCGGUUUGCUGCUGCUUCCCCUGCGCGGUGGUGGAGCUCGUCGUGCUCGCGGCCGUGCGCGUGCCCGCCGCGCUGUGCCGGCGCGCGCUCCGCGCCCGGGCGAGGCGCAGGCGCGCCUCCCGCGCCGCCGCCCAGGCCAAGAAGAAGGAGAUGGCGGGGCUCCUCGCGUCGGGCGCCACGUCACCGACCGCGGCGGCCGCCAAGGACAUCAACGGCGACGCGCUCGACUUCUGCUACUGGCCCGCGGGCGCGGCGGCGGCCAGGCGCGACGAGCUCGCCGAGGCCGAGGCCGCGGUCUGGGCUAGCUUCCAGGGCGCCGGCUUCUGGCGGAGCCCGUCGCAGCGCGAGGAGAGGAGGUGCUCGUCGCAGCGCGAGGAGAGGAGGUGCUCGUGACCGCCGCCGCCGCCGCCGUCUCUCCAUGCCGGUUUCUUGCAUUGGACUCGCUCCAUCCCGAUCCGUCGUCGCAUGGCAAUGGCAUCACCAGCCCAACCAACCAAUAUAAAUCCUCAUAGGAAAAAGAUGAACUCCUGCGAUUGAUUAAUCGAUCGACUGCAGAUUGUUGCAGCGGCGACGACCAGUUUUAUUACCAGUUGAGAUUGCUCGCGUUUUCUUUUUCCGAAGAAUUUUUUUGUUUUGAUUGUUCGGUGGGAGGAGAAUGAAACCAUGCAUGCAUGAUUAACCUAGGGAAGGGAAGAUCACACGGCCGAACUCUGCUUCUUCU